UAAAACUUUAUUAGUAAUGUUGUAUGGAUCCAGUUUGACCGUCCACCGCUUAUUAGAGUGACAUUGUGGGGAAUUUGUAACCUUGGUGUGGGGGAUGGGCGCAUGUGGUUAGGUAACCAUUUUGUCUGGUUGUUUUAUUUCUAGACUGUCAGUCGAUUUCAAAAGAUUAGUAUGAAGUAUUGUGUAGAUUUAGUAGUAGUUAUGUAAUUCCAUGGUUUAUAGUUGUGGUUAAUUAUAUUGUGUAAACGUACUAUGUAUGGCGUUGGCAUUUUCAGACGAGAUUCAUUUUCUUUUCGGUUUCCUAAUACUUUUACUUAGAUUAUUGUCAGGGCGGUCGUCUUAUUUAACUUGAGUUAUGCUGGACUAAAGCAGUGUUUACAUCGAUGCAGCCUGAGGUCAGUGAGGAAAACUGCUGUGUCAUUCAGUGGAGGAUUGUCUUGUAGUUCUGACCCAGUUGGCAUUUUCUUCCGUCGAAGCAAAGUCUCUACAGACUUGUCGUUAUACACACUUGCAGAUUGAAGUGGACUUUACCCGUGUACGGUACUGGUGUGUGUGUGACACGAAGGCCUCGGUUGGCUUUGUCCUCUCAAAUGGUGGCCUUUCUUCAGCGCCAGACGAACGCUACUUGAUUCCUGUGUUUGUACGCGAAACACGCAGCGUUUUGUAUGUUUUGCUUUACGUUUUAUCGGAUACAUUGAAGAUAUUUAUAUUAUUACACUCUUGUCACAGUAUACUUAAAGAUGGCGGCUGUAAACUGUUUCUGAAAUGCGGACAUGAUGGUCGGCAAGAGAGAGCUCGUGGGGCGAGGCUCGCACGUGAUUCGGUGGAUGAACCAAUGGGCUUCUUGAUAUCUGCUCUGAAAGCCCGCGUUAAAACUAUAUUGACCAAUCACCGCCGUCGCUUUGCACACGUUGACGUAAUGUAAAAAGAUACGCGGGGGGGUUGGUUCGGUGCGCUCGCGUUUUGUACAGGAUUAAAUGGAGGAACCCGUUACAGACGCAUAUCUGUGUUACUGAAUAGGCGAGGCCAACAGUGUUGGGCAACUUCCCUGACCGGCAGCAAAAACAUGCGAAUAGGUCGGCCCGAAAGAUUGUCAGUGCAGUUUCUGUUUCUAGGGGUGUGGUGACUUGUACCGACACGUUCAACAGCCAAUAGAAACUCGGGGGGUGUGGACUGUCUGAAGUAGUCCAGCCAAUAGGACGCUCGGCCGGUCUAUAAAGCCGAGGGUGUAGUCGCAUCGUCGCCAUUUCAACGAAGCAGAUUGAAGGAGUUCGCCGUGGCGGGGAGCGGAAAGCUGACGAUCCAGGUCUGAGUCUAGCUAUAAACAGAAUCCGGAUCCAUCCUGAUGGAUAUGGCUGUUAACCCGCUCCUUGACAGCUCCCUUCUCGGGGUUGAGGUUGGCAUUAUGGGAGUCACAGCGAUGGACCAGAGUUCUGGCACGGCCGGGAAACGCAUCAGAAAACCGUCCCUGCUCUUUGAGGGCUUUGAGAGUCCCGGGAUGCCGCUCCUCAAUCAUAUGGCCCCUUCGGGACCCCCGCAGCCCCCGGUGAGAGACCCCAGCCGACAGGGGAGGAUGACCAACCAACUCCAGUUCCUACAGAAAGUCCUGCUCAAGUCGUUGUGGAGGCACCACUUCGCCUGGCCCUUCCACGAACCUGUCGAUGCCACCAAGCUCAGCCUGCCGGACUAUCAUAAGAUCAUCAAAACCCCCAUGGACAUGGGCUCCAUCAAGAAGAGACUCGAAAAUAACUUCUACCGCAGCGCCAGCGAGUGUAUGCAGGACUUCAACACCAUGUUUACCAAUUGCUACAUUUAUAACAAGCCGACGGACGACAUCGUGCUCAUGGCUCAGUCUCUGGAGAAGGCCUUUCUGCAGAAAGUGGCUCAGAUGCCCCAGGAGGAGCUGGAGCUGCCGCCCCCCCCUCCGCGAGUCAAACAAGCCAAGCUUGGUAGAAAGGGCCGAGUCACCGGAGGAGUGACCACAGCGCACCAGGUCCCCGCUGUGUCCCAGUCGGCGUACUCGCCCCCCACGCCGGAAACACCCGACUCCAUUCUCUCGACCCCCCCCCAGUCACACGUGACGAAGAGCCUGCCCCCCAUCCUGACAGAACCAAGCAUCCCUACCCUUACUGGGCUGCCCCCCACACAGCCCUCCACCAAGAAAAAAGGAGUGAAGAGGAAAGCGGACACAACCACGCCAACAACGGUAGCCAUGCCCAUCAUGAGCACCAUGGGCGUCAGCGGCAUCAGCCUGGGGAUGGGCGGUGGGCACGACUCCCCGCUCACCCUCACGUCUCUCGGAGUGGACCACAACUCCACGCUGGGGAUGAACCAAGGCCUCGGCCAGGGCAUGGGGAUGGGCAUGGGUUGCGGACCAGUGAUGAUGGGUACCAAAUCAGCGGGGGGCAGGAGAGGUGUGAGUGGCCGAGCCAUCAAACCUCCCAAGAAGGAUUUACCAGAUUCCUUGGUUGCGCCGCCAGUGCGCCGCAGCAAGCUGAACCCCCAGCUCCGCUACUGCAACGGGGUCCUGAAGGAGCUGCUGUCGAAGAAGCAUGCGGCGUACGCCUGGCCCUUCUACAAGCCCGUCGACGCCUCGCUGCUCGGCCUUCACGACUACCAUGACAUCAUCAAGCAGCCCAUGGACCUCAACAGCAUCAAGCGUAAGAUGGACGGCAGAGAGUAUCGUGACGCCCAGCAGUUCUCUGCCGAUGUUAGAUUGAUGUUCUCAAACUGCUACAAGUACAAUCCCCCUGAUCACGACGUGGUGGGCAUGGCCAGAAAACUGCAGGACGUCUUUGAGUUCUGCUUUGCGAAGAUGCCGGACGAGGCUCCAGCGCCACCCAGCUCCUCAUCGUCGUCCUCCUCCUCGUCGUCGUCCUCUGAGAGUGAGCUCAGCAGCGAAAGUGAGGAGAGCGAGAGCAGCCCUAGCUCCGACUCUGAGGAGGAGCGGGCCAACCGGCUGGCCGAGCUGCAGGAGCAGCUCAAAGCUGUCCACGAGCAGCUCACGGCACUCUCACAGGGCCCCAUUGUCAAAUCCAAGAAAAAGAAGGACAAGAAAGACAAGAAAAAGAAAAAGAAGGUAGAAAAGGAGAAGCACCGGAAGAUCGAGGAGGAGCUAACCCCCAUUCGACCGCCCAAGGCUCCCAAGAUCGCCAAGACUCCAAAAGCCAAGAGCAACCGAGGAGCGGCUGGGUCUUUGGCGCCGACCAAGAAGGCGGCGAGCAAGAAAAACAACAAGAGCAAAUCCAAAAAGGGCGGCAUGGCGUUCGGCAUGCCUCCGCCGGUCCACGAGUCCAUCGUGAGUCACUACGACUCGGACGAGGAGGAGGAGACGGCGCCCAUGUCGUACGACGAGAAGCGCCAACUCAGCCUGGACAUCAACAAGCUCCCCGGGGAGAAGCUGGGCCGCGUCGUCUACAUCAUCCAGUCCCGCGAGCCCUCGCUCCGAGACACCAACCCGGAGGAGAUCGAGAUCGACUUCGAGACCCUGAAGCCCUCGACGUUGCGGGAGCUGGAGAGAUACGUGAUGACGUGUCUGAGGAAGAAGCCUCGCAAGCCAUACGCAAGUAAAAACAACGUCUCUGGCAAAUCCCGGGAGGAGCUCGCUCUGGAGAAGCAGCUGGAGCUGGAGAGGAGGCUGAUGGACGUCAGCGGGCAGCUCAACUCGGGCAAGAAGCCCACGAAGACCAAACCAGAGAAACCAGCGACUGAGAAGCACACGCAGCCGUCACGCCUCAGCGCCAGCAGCUCCUCCUCGGACUCCUCUUCAUCGUCUUCUUCCUCCUCAUCCUCGGACACAAGCGACUCUGACUCUGGCUGAGAGGCGGGCGGUGUCUCUGUGUGUCAAGGGUCACGUGAGGGGCCCCGGGUGUUUCACUUCCCAGAGAGCGGACUGGACUGCAGUAAAGCUACGACGGAGCCGCAGGAGGAUCGGACGAGACCAGCACUAGGCAGAACUGGUCCGACUCCACCAGUGUGAAACCGAGAGAGAGAGAGACGGGGCUCCCUGCGCUCCGCUCGUUCAUCCAAUCCUGUCCUGGACGCCGAAAGGUCGUGCAGGGAUGGAAUGGAGGAGACCAGAGUCCUGGCGCUCUCUGGUGAACUGGCCUUGGCGGGCAGAGCGAGGGCCGCUCUGCUCCAUCUCCUGAGAAGACGGGAGGAGAGCGAAGCAUGUGGGGGGGGGGGGGGAGAUGGGUGCUAGAGCCAGAAUCUGUCUUAUUUCUGGAGAUAAUUUCCCUUCUUCCCGUGCCUCCCUGUCUUCACGCUGUAUAGCCGCGGUGUACAGUUCUAUAAAUAUCUAUUUUUCUUUUAUAAAGAAGCAUUUUAUGGAGUAAUUUAUUCCCUCAUUCUGGGAACUGGUGCAGGCGGAGCUGUGUUUUAGGUUUUGUCUAGGUUCUUUAUUUUUCUUCUUCCUAGAGUGACAAAGAGGGUGAGAGGGGAAAGGCGUGAGUGAGUGUGAACGUAUGAAUGUGUCGCUUGCAUGUGCGAGUGUGAAAUCCUCAUAGUUUUGACGCAGGCGUUGAAAAUCGGUCUGCACGCAGAAGCACCUUGGAUCAGUAGAAAACUCAACGCAUGCAAUACAGAGACACCGGCAUCCAGACGACUCAUGUACCUGUUGAAGGCCGCUGCAGAAACGUGACAUCGCGAUACAAACAUGUACCUGUGUGCCGGCGGCUGCAUUUUUGUUCUUCUCAUCCGUUUCAAUUUCUCUGUAAACUUGUUGCUUUUUUUCCCUUCUUGUGACCAAUCUGCUAAUAAAUUGUGAGGACGCGUCUUGUCCACUCAACUGUGCCCAAAUAACUUCCAGUUCUUCUGAUUUAUUCUGGUGUUCGGAUUCUGUUUUCAAGAAAAGAGUAAGUGAAGCAUUUUAGGUGGAUUUUUUUAUUUAUUAUUUAUUUGAAUUUAGCUUAAAUUUAAAAUUCUUUUAAUUUUAAAAUGUUUUAUCUUGGCGUUUUCAUUUGUCCAUGGUCCAUCACCACGGUGUCACUAAAAGAAAAACGGCUGUUUCUUCACACUUGGCCGCUCAGUGGCAGCUUCAGGUUGCGUGUUGUGACCUUGAGGUCACGCCGCCGUGAGGUUUACAGACCUCGGUGAGGCCGGGCCGAGGGGCAGCGGGACGAAGGCGUGUUGGAUGUUGGGCCCCAGCAGCCGGGUGGGGAUCCCAGGUCUACUACCAGUGCACGUUUGUGGGGCCGCUACUAAACCUCUGAGAGCCGGGUCCAUGUUUGAAAAUCCUCUGGCUUGAGAUUGGAAUACUGUAUGUUUGAAAGUGAUUUAUUUAGAAGGAAUUUUAAGAUUUAUUUAUAUAAUACUGAAAGUAAUCAAAAGCUUGAAGUCUCCUGUACAUAUUCACUGAUUAACUGUCAGAAGUACAUAUUUUAUAGUCUCAAUCUCUGAGCAUGGGUUGGUUUUUCCUUUAUUAAAUAUAGUCAAGCUUCCUUUUUCCUUUCCUUGUGACUUCAGUUGUAAAAAUAAAAUACUUUUUACUUAACCUUUUCUGGUUUGUCAGCAAUCAAAAUGCCUCUGUACUUUCUUCUGGACAUCUGUACAUAAAUAAACUGAAACAUGUUCCUGUUUC